CUUCGUGUGGUGCGUGGAGGAGGCCCAGGCCAGACGGCGCGGAGUGAUUUCACAUCUGAAACAUGGCUGCGGACUGGCUAGGCAGUAUUGUGUCCAUCAACUGUGGAGAUAGCUUGGGUGUCUAUCAGGGAAGAGUGUCAGCAGUGGAUCAGGUCAGUCAAACCAUUUCUCUCACCCGGCCUUUCCACAAUGGAGUGAAGUGUCUUGUUCCAGAAGUCACCUUCAGGGCAGGUGACAUUACGGAAUUAAAAAUUCUGGAGAUACCAGGUCCUGGAGACAACCAACAUUUUGGAGACCUUCAUCAGACAGAAGUAGGCCCCUGUGGUGUUGGGUACCAAGUGGGUAUCAAUCAGAAUGGCACAGGCAAGUUGGUCAAGAAGCCAACCUCUUCCAGCAGUGCCCCUCAGAACAUCCCUAAGAGGACAGAUGUGAAGAGCCAAGAUGUUGCUGUUUCCCCCCAGCAGCAACAGUGUUCAAAGAGCUAUGUGGACAGGCACAUGGAAUCCUUGAGUCAGUCCAAAAGUUUCCGUCGUCGGCACAACUCUUGGUCAUCUAGUAGCAGGCACCCAAAUCAGGCAACUCCAAAGAAAAGUGGUUUAAAGAAUGGCCAAAUGAAAAACAAAGAUGAUGAGUGCUUCGGGGACGAUAUUGAAGAGAUCCCAGACACAGAUUUUGAUUUUGAAGGAAACCUGGCCCUUUUUGACAAGGCAGCUGUGUUUGAGGAGAUUGAUACCUAUGAGAGGAGAAGUGGUACUCGUUCCCGGGGCCUCCCAAAUGAAAGGCCUGCUCGGUACCGCCACGAUGAGAACAUCCUGGAGUCAGAGCCCAUUGUCUACCGACGGAUCACAGUGCCACACAACGUGAGCAAGGAAUUCUACACGGACUCUGGCCUGGUUGUCCCAAGUGUUUCCUAUGAGCUGCAUAAAAAGCUGCUGUCUGUGGCUGAGAAGCAUGGGCUGACCCUGGAGCGGAGACUGGAGGUGACAGGUGUGUGUGCCAGUCAGAUGGCACUGACCCUUCUUGGAGGACCCAACAGGUUGAAUCCCAAAAAUGUUCACCAGAGGCCUACAGUGGCCCUGCUAUGUGGGCCCCACGUGAAGGGGGCUCAGGGUAUCAGUUGUGGAAGGCACCUAGCUAACCAUGAUGUCCAGGUCAUCCUCUUCUUGCCCAACUUUGUCAAGAUGCUGGAGUCCAUCACCAAUGAGCUGUCUCUCUUCAGCAAGACCCAAGGCCAACAAGUGUCUAGCCUCAAAGAUCUUCCCACUAGCCCUGUGGACCUUGUCAUCAACUGCCUGGAUUGCCCUGAGAAUGCCUUCCUGCGGGAUCAGCCCUGGUACAAGGCAGCUGUGGCCUGGGCCAACCAGAACCGGGCACCGGUACUCAGCAUAGACCCUCCUGUGCAUGAAGUCGAACAGGGCAUCGAUGCCAAGUGGUCACUGGCAUUGGGCCUGCCUCUGCCACUGGGGGAGCAUGCAGGCCGUGUCUAUUUGUGUGACAUCGGUAUUCCCCAGCAGGUCUUCCAGGAGGUGGGCAUCAACUACCACUCCCCCUUUGGCUGCAAGUUUGUCAUCCCACUGCACUCUGCCUAGAGGGGCCCUUGGCAGGCAGGACGCUGCAGUCCCCUGCUGCUCCUGACACUGAACCUGACGACGAACGCCUUAAGGAUGUGAAGCUUCAUGGACCCUGUUUUUGUUAAAGUUUUUCUCUUUUGGGUUUGUUUCUUGUGUGAGACAACAGAACAUACUUAAAACUGACCUGUCACCUGCCCUUAGCCAGGGGAGGCUUUCCCACUGGGUGUAGGGCAGGUGGCUGGCUGGGCAUGCAGCUGCUCCAGGCAUCUCUAUGCUCAGCCCCCUUUGCAGCCAGGUGGGGCUUUGUUUACAGACAUAGGCAGCUCUUAGACUGUGUUUCAGGUUUACAGCCACUGAGCCUGGGCAAGCGCCUUGGGGGUGGGCCAGGUCCUCUUCGGGGGCCUAUGGCUGCUCUAUUUCAGAGCUUGUGGCUUUGUCUCCCUGGUUUCCCCUAGCAGGGUAGCUCUUCCUCUAAUCAUGUAGAACCGGCUGCGCGGUAGCUGUCCACCAGAGGGCAGACUUGCGCUCUGUUCAUUUUGAGGGCUAUGACAGGCCUUCCCUUAGCCCCACCACAAGCUGAUUUGGGGGCUUUUGACCCAUUCUCCUGAGCUGAUCCAAGUUUUAUGCUGGCAUUUUUCCAAGGGUUCUUUCCUCCUUUCCACUCCAUCAUUCUGAGAGGCAGGGAAGGGGGUGGCAUCAGGAUGGUAUUACUGUAUUGGGAUUUUUAUACUGGUUUUUCUGUUGUGUUCAGCACAGGUAGUAUAAGGUUAUGUUACUAUAGAACCACAGUGCCCAUCUUGCCAGCAGUGCUCCCCCCCCCCCCCCUGGGGGCUGAGUCUUUGCCUAGUCUGGGGCCAGACCCCUUGGGGUGCAGCUUUAAUGUACAGUAUUGGGGAGGCCCUUGGGGAGCCUGGUGCUGAGCCAGAAGAGGCUCCCUGGUGCUUCUGUCCUAGGCCACCACUCCCCCACCUCCUUGCCCAUACAUACCCUUCUGCCCCUUUGCCCUUCCCCUGAAAAGGUUCUGUGCAGCUGUCAUCCCAGAGCUGGUCAUAUGUCCUUCUCCUGCCUGGGCUCAACCCAGCCCUUAGUGUCUGGGCUUUGAACCCGUUGAGAUUGUCCACUUUAGAUGAGUAGGCUUUGGGUCAACGCCCUGUCUCAAAGAUGCCAAAAUGAGGCUAGUUCUGGACGAGCUGGCUGGUGGGGCUCAGCCAUAGGAACACGCUGCUGCUCAGGUCCUAAGGUGCUAAGCCCCAGGACCUUCCAAGGCCUGGCCCUGGAGGCUGGUGGAACAGGAGCCAUCCCUGGAGCUUUGGCAGGGACCCUUGCAAAGGACUUGUGCUUUAAAGCCUUUUUCAGGGCGUCAGGCUUCCUUCAGCUCUGUACCCACCCACUGGUUAUGGGGAGGGUAGGAGGAAGGAUUCACCAAGGAUCGUGGACACAGGGUAAGCGCUGGUUUCAGGCUGCUUAUCACUUUUCUUUUAGGAGAAUAGCCAGGAGCAGAUGAGGCAGGGCAGAGGGCUGGCCCCUCUUUUCCUAUCCUCCCUCCAAUGUUAAAUUGUCUCCAGCAGUGGGAGGAGGCCAGGGACUGUGAGCCUUGUGCUGUGUAUUCUCCCUGAGCCUUGGCUCACUCUGAGGGCCAAGCUGCCCUUUUCAGAGGAAGAGCCACAGUUGAGGAGCAGUCUAAUAGUCAUUUUAGUAGUCAGCCAUUAAACAGGUUCUGGCUGCUUGUUCACAGUUGGGCCCCCUGAUUAGGUACAGUGGAAGGUCAGCUAGAACCCUGGCCCAGAAGACUGCUCACUCAAGUCAGUUACACUGGCCCCGGGGGUGCUGGCCUUGUUGAGGGGCCACUGGGAGUUUGUGCUGAAGCCUCUCCCUCUUCUCUCAUAGGUGGCACUAGGGCCUUUUUCUGCCCUCAGCCUGGGCCUUCCCCAGAGGUAUUAAAAAUAAGUGUGAUUUCUCUGUCUUCAGCUCUUUUCAGAAGCAUCCUGCCCACAGUGUCUGGUGUCCAUUGCCCAAGGGGCCCCCAUUAGGUGGUCAAGCCUAUCACUCAUGCAGCUCAUGGGGAACCAAAAACCAGCACUAAAAUAAAGCUGAAUGACUGAG